AUGACACAACCACUGGCCGAUACAUUCUUCGAAGAGUUGGCAACGUACAUGGUCAUGCUCGACGAUGACACCAUCGAUCACUUGACAGGCGUACUCAACGACAUGACAUUGUCCUCCAAUCCGGUCAAUGACAUCUCCAAGGCAACUCGCAAUGUUCUUUUGGACGCCAAUGUAAAAGAAGAUACAGUACAAGCUAUUUAUGAUGGUCUCUCGAAACAAUUGGGUGGUCAAAUCACAACCAAAGCCGACGAUGACAGCAACAAUGAUCGCCCAAAGACAGUCAGCGAGAAACGUGCAGCACGAUUGGCAGCAUCUGCAGCACGUCGAGGCAAAAAGAGUGGUCGAUCGUCAACCAAAAACAAGGAUACGGAUAAUGGAUCAUCAUCGUCAUCAUCAUCGCCAUCACCAUCCAACAAUAGCCAGGAACCGGUCAUCGUGGCAACUUCACAACAAUCACGUUUCCAUAGCGAGACGCUUGAGACCAGUAGCACCGAACUUGACUUGCCCGGUGUCAACAUCACUGUUAAUAAUCAAGAUCUAUUGGUUGAUGCUCAUCUCAAACUCAAGGCUGGUACACGUUAUGGUCUCGUGGGCCAAAAUGGUGUUGGUAAAACAGUUCUCAUGCGAUGUUUGGCUGACAACAUCUUGGUGGGCUUACCACAAAACAUCAACAUUCUUCACGUGGCUCAGCUUCAAGUGUUUGAUGAAUCCACCACGGUGCUUGAAGAAGUGCUUGCUGCUGAUAAGGCUGCUGCCAACACGAUCAAGGAAGGAAAAUUACUUCAACAAGUCAUGGGUGAUCAACAAGCUACCUCCGCUACUACUACUACUGCUGCACCCACUGCCGACAUGAAUCGUGUGAUCUAUCAAAUCAUGGUGUCAAGGAGCGAGGACAAGCUCGAUAUGGCCAACAAGUUAGCAAUCAAGCGAUCAGGUGCACGUGGAAGAGAUGCUCGCAAGGCUCUUAUUGAAUGUGAAAAGAGUCAUGCCGAUCUCCUUGCCAAGGAUCCACAGACAUUUAUCACUGCACAAGAUACCAAUGCGAUUGUCUCUCAAGUCUUUGAGCAACUUGCACUGAUUGACGUUGGCGAACGUGAAGCUAAGGCGCGCAAGAUUUUAUUGGGGCUUGGAUUUGAUCAAGAGUCUCAAGGACGACCUGUAUCUACAUUCUCUGGUGGAUGGCGUAUGAAGAUUGCUCUUGCCAAGUCACUCUUUAUGGAUCCUAAUAUCCUGUUGUUGGAUGAACCCACCAACCAUUUGGAUUUACCUGCCAUCAUUUGGUUACAAGAAUAUAUUCUCAAUGAGACCGAAGGCCAAACCAUUGUCAUUGUAUCCCACGACCGAGACUUUUUGGAUACUGUCACUGAAGAAACCAUCAUUUUCCGUGACCAAAAGCUCAAGUAUCAUGCCGGCAAUUAUGAAGAUUAUGAACGUAAUACUGAAGAACAACGUGUUCGCAAGCAGGCCUUGAAAGAUGCCAUGGAACGUCGCAAGAAACAUAUCAUGGCCAGUAUUCAACACAAUCUUCAGCAAGCAAAGUCAACAGGAGAUGACAAGCGAUUGAAUCAAGUAGCAUCCAGGCAAAAGAAAUUGGAUCGCCUGGGUAUGGAGAAAACAGAGGAUGGUAAACGCUUCAAAGUGAGCUACUAUGCCGGUUAUCAUCACCACGCUCGUGUACAAAUCCAUGUGGAGCAAAACGUCAAGACGGCUGCUAUCAAGAUCCCUGAUCCACCACCACUUCGUUACCAAGGUCCUGUGUUUUCAAUGAAGAAUGUCACGUUCCGAUAUCCAAAGACAACGGCCACCAUUAUAGACGACUUUUCAAUGAAUGUGGAAUUGGGAUCGCGUAUUGCCUUUUUGGGUGCCAAUGGAUCUGGAAAAUCAACAUUGCUGCAAGUCUUGACGGGCCAUCAUGAACCCACAUCAGGCGAGGUGUAUCGUCAUCCGCUGUUACGUGUUGGCUAUUUCUCUCAACAUUUCGUGGAUGAUUUGAGCCUUGAGGAAACCCCCUUGGAAAUGAUCAUGAAUCAAUAUGCUGGUGCUACAGAGCAACAAUGCCGACAACAUUUUGGAUCCGUGGGUCUCAGUGGCAAUGUGGUACUGCGUAAGAUGAAGAGUCUCAGUGGUGGUCAACGCAACCGAGUUGCUCUUGCCAUGAUCCUUUUUGAGGCGCCCCAUGUGCUUAUUCUUGAUGAAAUCACCAACCAUUUGGAUAUGGGUACGGUCGAAACAUUGGUGGAUGCGCUUGCUGGCUAUCCUGGUGCUUUGGUCUUGGUCAGCCACGACGUCUGGUUCAUGAAGCAACUUAUGGAAGUUCAACCCGAAGAAAUCGCUGAAGGACAAGAAAAUGAUGAACCUGGUAUCAAGACUGAAUGCUUUGUUGUCAAACCUGGAAAGCCUAUCAAGCGUUGGGAAAAGGACAUUGAUAGCUAUGUUGCAUCGGUUGCCAAACAAGUGCGCAAAAAGUUCCAUGCCCAGAGAUCAUAA